AUGAGCACCAACUUCUGGCCGUUACGGGUGAUCCACCGCCAGGAGAGCGACUCGGUGCCAGGAUCGUCCCGGUGGAUUGCCGGGAUUCUACGAGAUUGUGAUCGAGAAGCCUUAGAUGAUCUCAACCUGGUGAACCGCCAGUACGUGCUGGGAUGCGAAGAUAUCGCAGAUUUCAUGAGUAAGGCAUUGAGCGAGAAUCAAGUCGACUCUUUGAUUGAGUCCUUCGACCAUCGGAAUAGCAUCAUCUCCGAAAAGCUCUUGAAAUCUCCCGUGAAACUCAUCCAGUCCCUUGAACCUGUCAAACAGGAGACCCUCAAUUCGCUGCCGUUGAAGCCCUAUAAUGAAACCACGUUGAUACGCAGUGAGAUCCGUCCUCAAUCUAGUCACCAAAGUGACCAAAUCAUCAUUGCAUCCUCAAGUCCUACUCGAUCUUCGGUCAAUCGUGUCAGUCUAAUAUUCUCUCGUCAGUCACAAAUCACCGCUCCCACAACCACCAUUUCUAUUCCUGCUAAAGACAGAGCCCUGUUGUUGGUACUGGAUGACAAGAAUCUGAACCCGGGGCUGGAUGACUCGUUGCAUCGCAUCCAGAUGUCUAUCAGACGAAAAACCGAUGCAAAUGCAGAAAAACCUCCCAAUGUGGCACUCCACUCGAGCUCGAUGUUGAAGACCCCAAACCCUCGUCUUCCUGUGAAAACCCCUAUCAAAACCCCUGCGUUUGUGCCGUUGCCCAAAAGGGAGCCGUUAAAUAUUGAGUCUUCGGCAUCAAAGGUCAACAGGAAGUCAAUUGCGACGCUAUCCAGAGAAAAGCGGCAACCAGUAAGCAAGCCCAAUUCCAAUUCGGUUUCGGCAGUUAAUUUUGCUUCAAAAAGUGUUGACAAUGUGUCACCUAUGAGGAGAAAGAGGUUUCCGUCUUUUGUUGAAAUGGCACCAACAACAACUUCUCCUGUUACUAAAAAGGCGGACAAGAGAAGAAAUUUAUUUGAGUCAGAAAUGGGUCUUUUGAAUAUCAUGCCAAACUCUCCGAAGUUGCACAUACGAGAUACAGCUGAAGCUAAACAUCCUUUGGUGAACAACACUCCUAGUAUAGGAUUGAGUAAACCACAGGUUUCGGUGUCUCCGUACAGAGUUUCUGCUACACCGGAUGCUGAUGUUCAUCGAUCAAAAGUUGACUUGCUUAAGAUCCUGGGUGCUCCCAAGCUUUCGACACCAGCUGCCUUAAGAACUCCCUUCAAUCCUGAAAUGUCAACCACAAAUUCCUCUACUCCAUCUCCCACCAAACUUGAAGGAAGUAUCGCGAAGCCCACAGGUGGUGCUGUUGAUGUUUCUGGCUCUGCCAAGGCUCAACAUCCGCGAUUCAUGAGUCCCACUGGUGCUAGUAUUGCUAAAUCUAUCAAAACUUCCAAAGCUACCGAUCCAAGAAAGAGUAAAUUCAUGACUACCACUUUGGGACCCAAUACGAGGCUAUCGAGGCAUACGCCAAAAUCAAAGCAAUCUCCUGUCAAACAGCUGAUCAUACCAGAAGUCCCAAAACUUUCAGAGAAUCCAAAGAUGUCUCUCGACUCCCGAAGGAUCCCCCUUUUACAGAAGAAGUCUUUGGUGUUGCCACGGUCUGAUAUGACUUCGAAGACUAAGCAAAAGCUCGUUAUCAGCAUGAAGCACGGGAAAACAGCUCCACAUUCGAAUAGGCCUUCUUCCCUAUCGGCUCGAGCAUCGUCCACAUCAACUGCUUUGAAACACCGGGUAGAUACUGCACCAGUUUUGACCACUAUCCAGAAGAGAAGGCAAUUGCGAGGUAAUGCAGUUGCUCUUCCAGACGCGGCUAGACCCCAGAUCAUACGAUCCAAAGAGUCUGACAUGGAAAAGGCACCAGCAGUGUCUCCUAAACUUCCAGAUAAGCUAAAAGCGAUCCACCAUGAUCCUUCAAGUCCUGUGCUUCCACAUAUUGGAAGUGAUGAUAGCUCUGGCCUCGUAUUGAAACCAUGGGCUGAGAUGCCAGUGUUACGGGGAUUGGUGAAAGACAGCAAAGAAAUGAACCCAUACGAUAUAUUUGGGAGUUUGCAACCCUUCAAUGCUGAUGAUGUCUUUCAAAAAUGA